AUUAGGAAAGUGUCUGUAAGACUAGCCGACCCGAUCCGGCCCAAAAUACCUCGACUAUAAAUUUCAAAACGUAAACCCUAAUUGUCUCUCUUACCUUAUCUACAGAGCAGAGUGCCACCUCCGGCAAGAGCUAGAGUUAUUCAGCAAUGAAGUUCAAUAUCGCAAAUCCAACUACUGGAUGCCAAAAGAAGCUCGAGAUCGAUGACGAUCAGAAACUUCGAGCAUUUUUUGAUAAGAGGAUCUCACAGGAGGUCAGUGGAGAUGCGUUGGGUGAGGAGUUCAAAGGGUAUGUUUUCAAAAUCAUGGGAGGGUGUGACAAACAAGGAUUUCCCAUGAAGCAGGGAGUUCUCACUCCUGGUCGUGUCCGUUUGUUGCUACACAGAGGCACCCCAUGUUUUCGUGGAUAUGGAAGACGGAAUGGUGAGCGCAGGAGAAAGUCUGUUCGCGGGUGUAUUGUUAGUCAGGACCUUUCUGUUUUGAACUUGGUUAUAGUGAAGAAGGGUGAAAAUGAUUUGCCCGGUUUGACUGACACUGAAAAACCUAGGAUGAGAGGUCCAAAGAGGGCAUCCAAGAUCCGGAAGCUUUUUAACCUUUCCAAGGAAGAUGAUGUCCGCAAAUAUGUCAACACAUACCGUAGAACCUUUACAACAAAAUCUGGGAAGAAAGUCAGUAAAGCUCCAAAGAUACAAAGACUUGUGACUCCAUUGACACUUCAGCGGAAACGUGCUAGGAUUGCAGACAAAAAGAAGAGAAUUGCAAAGGCCAAGGCAGAGGCAGCUGAAUAUCAGAAACUUCUUGCCACUAGAUUGAAGGAACAGCGAGAACGCCGUAGUGAAAGCUUGGCAAAGAAGAGAUCAAGGCUCUCUGCUGCUUCUAAGCCAUCUGUUGCUGCAUAGACAGGUGGUUGAGAGAUGUGAAAUACUCACCACUAAAGGUUUUUUGAUAGUAGUGUCAUAUUUUUACUAGGUGUUUCCGAUAACUCUUUUUCAUCCAAUGCUGAGAGCUUGUUUUAUUAUUCUGUACUUGUUAUUAUCUUGACAUUCUAGCUAGCAUUACAUUCUGAAUUAUAGUUUGCUGCCAUGAGAGUGCUUAGUAAGUAUGGGAAAUUGAUCUUCAUGUGCUACUGAAUAUAUGCUUACCUUUUAGCUUGUUUGGAGCAU